AUGGGCGACGAACCAGCUCCAGCCACACCAAGCGUGCCGUCGUCCACACCAGCACUUGGUGGUGGUGGUGAUGACUUGGAGGUGCGGCUGCGAAGCAUAUCUGUGCGCCGCCGGUCUGGCCCGGGCACCGGCAGCAGCACCAGCACCAACACCAGCACCAGUAGCGGUAGCAAGAGGCGCACACCUUCACACCACCACCAACAGUACCACCACCACCAACAACAACAACAACAACAACAACAACUGGUUGCCGGGCUUGUGUCCGCCAACAGUGACGGUGUUGAUGCGCAUCUUCUCACCGCGGCGACGGCAUCUGUCCACAAGACGCCGCUCUCUGCGUCUGCAACGGUAGGAUCGACGGCAUCGCCCAUGGCGUCAUCUUCGCCAGGCACAAGCGCGCCUGGCUCCAUGCGGGAGAGCCAGUUUGUGCGGCACCUGCUGUCGCGCAUUGCACACUUGGAGGGAAAGGUGGCGGAGCAGAGCGCAACAAUCGAGACGCUCAACAAGCAGCGAACGGUGCAGGCGACAGAACUGCAGCGGGUGCUGGCGACAUCCGUGCAUCGUCACUCGAGCGCGGUGGCGUCGUUGCAGGGCCAGAAGAGCGCCCAGACCAAGCAGGUUGAGUCCGUGCACAGCGUGUGCUCUAACCUGUAUCGCGAGGUGAUCCAGCUGCGGGAGCACGCGGUGUACGCCAAAGGGCUGAUCGACGCGCUGCAGCAAGACGCACACGCGUGCAUGGAGGCUGAGGCAAGCCUGCACGCGAUUGCGCAGCAGCACGCGGCGUACAUUCAGCGCAUGGACGAGGGCCUACCGAACGGGCUGGCGGACAUGGACACGCGGCAGAAGCAGCAGCUGGACAUCCUGUGCAAGCAGCUGCGCGAUGCCGCAACGACCAAGACGAGCGCCCAGGCAACCAUGGCAGAUGACUUUGACCGCGCGCUCACCCACACGAGCGCCGCCCUCAACAUUGGCCUCUCUGUGGAGAACAUGGGGUCGAGUGUGCUGAAGCAGCUCUCCAGCAUCCUGAGCGGUGGUGGCAGCAGGAACGACCACCACGCUGAUGACGACGACGAUGACGCUGAUGGUGAUAGCGACGCUGCUGUUGAUGACGACGCUGAUGGUGAUAGCGAUGACCAUGCUCACGGUGACAGAGUGCAGGUGGAUGAUAGCGAAGAGGCAGAGGGAGUUGGCGGGAGAGCGAAAACAGUUGAGAAAGACAAUCGACGUACAGAGCAGCACUGUGAGGGCAAGCAGGCAGGGACAGAAGACCAACAGGAACAGGAGGAAGCCUAAGGGAAGGAGAGAAUAAGGGAACGAUGCAUGUGUGCGCUUGUCAUUGGUGCGUGUGUGUGUGUGUGUGUGUGUUUGGCUCUCUUUGCAGUUGCUUCCUCCAAGGUUAGUUCGUAGCUGUUCACAUACACCAGCCAGUGCAGUGAUUGGUGUGACGGUAACGACAACAGUGUACGGGACAGUGAGACACAAUUGAGCAAGGGAGAGCGAGGGACAGGCAGUGACAAGA